GCUGAGGAUGCGCAGACGGAGAUGCUGUGCUGUUGUCAAAUCACACUGCGAGGAGGGGCGGAGAGAUUCUGUACUGCCCUGUUGUGCGCAUGAGCAACAUAUUAUUGCCUUCAUUGAUAAAAAUCCUUUGUGUUAACAUUUGCUCAUCUUAUCUUCUCAUUGUCGCUUUCGGAGCCUUUCAUCAGUUCAUACGUCAUCUGGAAAUCAGCCAUGGCAUCACGUGCAGGCCCGAGAGCUGCAGGGACUGAUGGGAGUGAUUUUAAACACAGAGAGAAAGUGGCAUCUCACUAUCAGAUGAGUGCUUCAUUAAAAUCAGAGAUAAAGAAGCUCACCGUGGUGCAUUUCUUCAUAUGGAUACUGGUGGCAGCUCAGGUGGUUGUUAGUCAUCUCAAUCUGGUGUCACAUGAUCUGGUGGCCAUGCCCUAUCAGUGGGAGUACCCAUACCUUUUGAGUCUCCUGCCCACGUUUAUUGGAGCCCUGGCCAUGCCGAAGAACAACAUCAGCUAUCUGGUGAUCUCCAUGAUCAGUGCUGGAUUGUUCUCAGUGGCACCGUUGAUUUUUGGUGCAAUGGAAAUGUUCCCACUGGCCCAGCAGCUGUACCGACACGGAAAAGCUUACCGGUUUAUCUUUGGUUUCUCAGCUGUGUCUGUGAUGUAUCUACUCAUGGUGAUUGCUAUUCAGGUGCAUGCAUGGCAAAUCUACUACAGCAAGAAGCUUCUGGAUGCCUGGUUCAACUCAACACAAGAGAAGAAGAAGAAAUAAACAUGCUGUCGUAUACUUGAAUUUAUUCACCCUCUUUUGUCUCAGUUGCUACUGUACAAUGCAUGCAAUAAUUGUAAAUGUUUAAAUAUAUAUACAUUUGUAAGCCAACAAAGCUUAAGAUCUGGAUUUUACAUUUAUUCACGUGUUUAAAUUAUGUUUACCUUUAAGUGCUGUCAAAUGAUUAAUCACGACUAAUCGCAUCCAAAAUAAGAGCUUUUGUUACAUAAUAUAUGUUUUACUGUGUAUAUUUAUUGUGUAUAUAUAAAUACACACACAUGCAUGUAUACAUUAAGAAAAAUGUAGUUUAUAUAUUAAUUACAUUAUAUGUAAUCUCAAUAUAUGAUUAUAAAUGCAAAUACAUGUAAAUAUUUUCAAAAUAUAUACAUAAUACAUAAUAUAUGUAUGUAUGUGUAUUUAUAUUAACAUAAUAAAUAUACACAGUACACACAUAUAUUAUGUAAACAAAACUUAUUUUGGAUGCGAUUAGUCGUGAUUAAUCGUUUGACAGCACUACUUUUUACAUUAUUUUUUUGUUUUUAACAUGUUAUUCUGUUUAAUUACAAAUUGUUUAGUCCAUGUCAAGAAUACAAAGCC